AUGACCGAAGGCUCAGUCAAGAACGGAUGGAUGGAAGGCCAAGGGAAGUACACCUUCCCAGACGGCACAGUAUAUUCUGGCACCUUCCUCAAUGGUGAAUUCCAUGGGGAGGGAAGUCUUACCUUUCCUCACGGUGGUGCCUUCAUUGGACAGUGGCAGAAGGGCAUUGCUGUAGAUGGCGAAUACGUUUUUAAAGAUGGACUUGUAUUCAAGGAUGAGGACUGGGGUUAUCUUUGCAGCGGAGAUCGAAGAUUUUAUAACGAGAUAGUCAAUGGCUUGCGACCUGCGGGGGCAUCAUUGAUAACCAACGAUCCCAAAGGGCCACCUGAUAUGCCAGAAGGGUGCUACGAUGUUGGCGAUGGCUAUUUAGACCCGGUGAGGGCUGUGACUUUGAGCUAUGAUGGAACGAAGGUCAUUGGGACACCUGGGGAGGAGGAGAUAAAAUGGAUUACGGAAAAUGCCAUGGUGAGAUUCGCUGAGGAUGAGGUGAGGCAUGAGGAUGUGUAG